CCCAGCCCCUACUCGGAACGGACAAGGAGGAACAUAUAUGAUGAUCUGCGCUGCGUAAAAAGGAAAUCGAUAGCUUAAACGCUCUUCCAUCUCAUCUUACGGCACAAAGCCUCGCAUCCUCAAUUAACUUCACGACCCUUCACGAGUAACGAAAUAAUAGAAACGAAAUAUGGUGCGAAUAGGCUCGGCACUGGCCAUUGCGGGCUUCUUCAUCACAACGACUACAGCCGUAGUAACAUCGGUUGCUUCUGGAUUUGUUGCCAGCGACCAAACCAUUUCCUUUGCGCUCAACAUCCCCCAAAAUGACUCCAACAAUGACCUAUACUUUUCCAUGCAGGCUUCUGCCAGCUUCUCGUGGAUGGCCAUCGGAAUGGGAAACGACAAGAUGGACAACACCUUGAUAUUUAUGGUAUACACAGACUCCACCGGAAAGAACGUAACGAUUUCGCCCAGACUGUCAUCUGGCCAUACCGAGCCCUCCUACACAAAAGACGUCACCAUCCAAGUCCAGCCUGGCACGGGCAUUGCGAAUGGCAAUAUGACAGUCAACGCUAUAUGCUCGAAUUGCAGGUCUUGGAAGGGAAGCAAAAUCGAUCCUGCGAAUACGGCAGAGAAGUUCAUAUUCGCAACCGGACCGGAUGGGAACAUAAACUCAAAUUCUCUCUCUGCGGGCAUCAAGCGUCACGCUUCAUAUGGAGCGUUCACGAUGGAUUUGACGAAGGCGGUUGGAGCUGCACAGAUUCCCAUUGUUGCGACAUCUGAUUCUUCCGGCACGGUUCAGACACAGGAUACGACAGAUCAUGAUUUCUCUGCUCCUCUCCACGCCUGUGUCAUGAUUUUGGCUUUUGUGGGACUUAUGCCGGCUGCUUUCUUGGGAAUCUAUGCCGGAACGAUGUACAAUAGGUCCAAGAGCUGGAAUUCCGCUCAUCAGAUCUUCGGUAUCUUCAUCAUAUUCGCCAUGGUCGGACAGUUCGCCCUUGGAUUCCUGCACCACCGAAUGUACAACAAAACACAAGCUCCCACAAAGCUGGCCCCAUACCACGUCUGGCUCGGCCGAGUUGUAAUCCUGGCGGGAAUCACCAACGGCUUCCUCGGAUUCCCUCUCGCUCUCAACUCAAAAUACAACUGGGCACUUCUCGCUCUGACUCUGCUCAUGGUGAUCAUCUUCAGCCCAAUUUGGUUCUGGAAAUGGCGAAGCGACUCCAAGAAGAGCCCGAUUGGAAAUAUGUCAGAUUCGGAUGGGUAUCAAAGUCAACCGUGGAACUCUGGACCGUCGGGCAGCAACAUCGAUUUAGGGAGUUAUAACAAUGGCCAGCAGCACCCGCCACAGCCGAUGAACUAUCCCCCGCCGAAUUACAGCUAUCAGACUCCGCAAGAGGGGAGAACAUUUGUUUAGAUGAGACAUGAUAGGCGUUAACUAGAUAUGAGGGACAUUGGGUAUGAUGGCAUUGCGAGGCGUUUGUUCGAGUAAGUUUGGCGUUAGGAGAUGGUUGAAGAUGCAUUUGUGUGAAGAAAAUACAAUUGGACAAUACAAUUCUGAUUGAGCGCCUUGCUCCUUCUAUCUGUUUGUUCUCCUGUGCUCGUGGAACAUGGUUCGUUUGCAGGAAGCCCUGAGCAUCGGCGGCCCAUUGAGGUGGCUUUAAAGUUGAAUGUCCCACGAGUUCUGGAACUUUAACUCCGUUUCUUCCGAACACGCUUUCCCUCCGAGAUAUUCC